GCGUCCCCACCCAACGCAAUGGCAGGAGAAAAGAGAAAGAGCGAGAGCCGAGGAGAAGAUAAAAUCUACAGGAAAAACAGGGGAGAGGCAGAGAGAACAGAGGCGAAGGAGCAAUGCCGACGGGUCGGAUGAGCGGCAACAUCACGCAGGACUGGGAGCCGGUGGUCCUGCGGCGGGCGAAGCCCAAGGCGGCCGACCUCAAGUCCGCCAAGGCGGUGAACCAGGCGCUGCGGACGGGCGCGCCGGUGGAGACGGUGCGCAAGGCGGCGGCGGGGACGAACAAGAAUGCCUCCGCCGCGGCCGUGGCGGCGCCCGCGCGGAAGCUGGACGAGAUGACGGAGCCGGCGGGGCUGGGGCGCGUGGGCGGCGACGUGCGCGCGGCCAUCCAGAAGGCGCGCGUCGCCAAAGGGUGGAGCCAGGCGGAGCUGGCCAAGCGCGUCAACGAGCGGGCGCAGGUGGUGCAGGAGUACGAGAGCGGCAAGGCCGUCCCUGUCCAGGCCGUGCUCGCCAAGAUGGAGCGCGCCCUCGAGGUCAAGCUCCGGGGCAAGGCGGUUGGGGCGCCCGCGCCGACAAAGUGAUGGUUCGUGGGGACAUCCUGCCUGUGAAUUUGUGAUGAAUGGUAGUAAAUCGGAUCUGUAAAUCUCGGGUUGCUUUGUGGUAGAUUGGGCUGUAAGUCGUGCAAAGUGAUGUCUAGAAGUCUCAUGUGGAAUUUGAUGCUAAAUCCUAUUGUUAGCUGAUUUGCAAUUUUGAACGGGCCCUUUGUUAAA